CUUCGCAUUUUAGAGCUUUCACUGGUCGAGCUCCCUCCUUUUGCCUUCUAGCCCUCCGAGUCAAGUAAGCUCCUCUCCCUUCCCCUUUUUAAGUUCUCCCCGGCUAUGUCUUCCUUAGGUAGUGAUAGGAUUUCGUCCUCGGAGGACCGCUCCUCUGAGGACUCCAACUCUUCUUCCUCGACCGGGUCUUCUUCCUCCAAUUCCAUGCCCGGCCAGGUCCCCAACCCCUCCACACCUGAGCCGCAGCCUGUAAAUCAAAUGCCCGGUCAGGUUGCUAUGGAGAGGGAUGAACCGGUUGACAACGAACCGGGUCCCUAUGACCCAGACACCGAGUCCUGGGAUGAGUGGGAAGAGCGGCUCCGAACUGCCGGUUACUUUCCACUCCCUACAUAUUAUGUCCUUGACAUUUCGUCCCAUGUAUCUAAAAUUGCCCUGAAUAAAAUCCGUAGGAGGCUCCCAGAUGGUUAUACCCUCUCGUACGAGUCUGACUGGUCUAACAUCAUUGAACCCCACCGCGAGGAUAGGAUAGGGUUCCACACUGUUUCUUUGGAUGCGGGCAUGGUUUUUCCCCUUCGCCCCCUCCUAACCAAAGUAUGCCAUGCGUUUAGGAUUUUACCCGGCCAGAUAACCCCUAACGCGCAUCGGUAUCUCCAUUCCUUGGUAAACAUAUGUUCUCACCUCAAAAUCGAGCCUUCCCUUCGCCUUUUCCUUUUUUGUUUCGAAGUCCUACCGGGCGGGACUUGUUGUGAAGGCUUCGUAUUCUUUAAGGGGCGAACCGGUAGGAAGUUCAUUUCCGAUGUCCCUCAAAGUAACCGGGGAUGGAAGGAAAAGUUUCGUUUUAUUGAGUUUCCCCCGUUUGUCACUCCAUUGGCCGGUCUGAAAUGGAACGACCAUCUUCUAAACCACGAGUAUACUGUGUCGGCUUCCUCCCCCGACCUUGAAGCGAGUCUAGAGAUCCUCCCCCGUGGGGAUCCUUUCACCGGGAGGAAAUUUAACUACGGGAGCUGGGUUUGGAGGAUCGAACCGGGUGGUGAGGCCCAGGCCCAUGAAGCAGCGGGGCGCAGGGUACCCUCCCCGGGAAACACUGCAGAGGCUAAGGCCCAAAACCGCCCAGAUAUGGAGUUCGAGGAGUUCGCCAUGCCCGAAGAUCAGCCAGCGAGAGAGACCGGGGGUUCUCAAGCUGCUUCCGCCAAAACUUUCACGGUCCAACCAAAGACCGUGGAAAUACACGAUGAGGAUGAGCCUCAAGACGACCUGUUCAAGGGGAAGGGCAUAGAGAAGGCUGGGGAGAUUGGACCACUGACUGCAGACCGGUUAGGGAUGAGCUCUCCUUCCGAAGUCGACCGGCUGAAGAAGGAGAAAGAAGAGAUGGCCCUCAUCUUGAAGAGCCAGGCAGAUGAGCUGAUCAGGCUGUCUGGGCUGGCCGGGGCAAUGAAGACUGAGAUCUCCCAACUGAAGGAGGAGAAUGGCCGGCUUAUGGAUGAAGUCUCUAAAGCCAAGAGGGAAAUGGCUCUGAAGGAAGAGAGCUUUCCCAGUCGUGCAGCUGCCUGGAUGGAGGAGAACAAGGCCAAAGCAGCCUGGGUGAUGACGGCAACCCCGGAGACUACCAUGGAGUCCUUCAGGCUUCUUUACCGGGAACCUGAAGGAAAGAAGAUGAUUACCGCCAUUGGAUCCUAUGGAUUCAAGAGCGGUCAGAAGAAAGACCGGGCUGCCUCUCACCGGGUCCUGAAGAAAAGGGACCCAGACUUCAGUGCAGCUGCCUAUGGCUUGGCCCCAAUUCCGGAGGAAGAGCCUACUCCCCCUUCCCCCUAGAUUGAUCUCCCGGCUGCGCCCGGUUGAAUUGUUUUGUAAAACUUCAAACUCCAUUUCCCCGAGAAUGCCUGGUGUAUCU